AUGAAAUAUCUGGUAGUGGACACACAGAUGAUUAUGGGCGGCAAUCAUAAGCUACAGGUGUCGUCCGAAGAGUACAUAUUUGCGGCGCUCACACUAUAUCUGGAUAUGAUUAACAUUUUCAUUUUCAAACGAAUGUUCUACCUUAAUUAUCAUGAGUUCAGGAUAUUGUCGUUAUUACCCAUUAAGUCGGUAUUGAAGAUGUCUUCGGUGUCCUCUCUAUGGCGAGACAUCACUCUUGACGACCAGUUGUGGAGAAGUCUUGUCAAACAACACUUCCCAACCUCUUAUGGUCGAGGACUUAAUGGCGAAGACUGGAAGUCAAUAUAUAAAAGGGCGUAUCGAAGCCAAAAACUCUUACAACUGUUAAAUUGGCAAUCGUUAGUACAACCCAAGCCUCGGUCGCCCCCGGCGUACAAUCCAAUUCCUAGUGAUCGCUGA